CCCCGCCCCGCCCUGUCAUUGUCCCCUUCUUUCUUCUUUUCUUUUCCGGUCUGAGGGCCGCUCCCUUCUCCCGUACCGUCUAUCCGCCCUUCAGCGGGUCCGAUGAGCAGGAUGGAGGGCUGCAUGGGAGAGGAAUCCUUUCAGUUGUGGGAGCUCAAUCGGCGCCUGGAGGCCUACCUGGCAAGGGUCAAGGCGCUCGAGGAGCAGAAUGAGUUGCUCAGCGCGGAGCUCGGGGGUCUCCGGGCACAGGCCGGUGACUCCUGGAGAGCGCGCGCCGACGACGAGCUGGCGGCCCUGCGUGCCCUAGUUGACCAGCGCUGGCGAGAGAAGUACGCAGCCGAGGUGGCGCGCGACAAUCUGGCCGAAGAGCUGGAGGGCGUGGCAGGCCGGUGCCAGCAGCUGCGGCUGGCCCGGGAACGCACUACCGAGGAGGUAGCUCGCAGCCGGAGAACCGUCGAGGCGGAGAAGUGCGCGCGGGGCUGGCUGAGCUCGCAGGUGGCCGAGCUGGAGCGCGAGCUGGAGGCUCUGCGCGCCGCGCACGAGGAGGAGUGCGCCAACCUGAAUGCGCGGGCCACCUGCGUCCCCCGGGGCCCCGCGCCGCCCCGCGCGCCCCCAGCACCAGCGCCCGAGGUGGAGGAGCUGGCCCAGCGGCUGGGCGAGGCGUGGCGCGGAGCUGUGCGCGGCUACCAGGAGCGCGUGGCGCACAUGGAGACGUCCCUGGGCCAGGCCCGCGAGAGGUUAGGCCGUGCGGUGCAGGGUGUCCGCGACAGCCGCCUGGAGCUGCAGCAGCUGCAGGCCGAGCGUGGCGGCCUCCAGGAGCGCAGGGCGGCAUUGGAACAGAGGUUGGAGGGCCGCUGGCAGGAGCGCCUGCGCGCCACUGAAAACUUCCAGCUUGCCGUGGAGGCCUUGGAGCAGGAAAAGCAGGGCCUACAAAGUCAGAUCGCCCAGAUCCUGGAAGGUCGGCAGCAGCUGGCCCAUCUCAAGAUGUCCCUCAGCUUGGAGGUGGCCACAUACAGGACCCUCCUAGAGGCUGAGAACUCCCGGCUACAGACACCUGGCUGCAAUUCCAAGGUUCUCCUCAGCUUCCAUGACCCCAAGCUGGAGCUGCAUUUUCCUGGGACACCAGACAGCCGACGUGUGGGACCUGUGCUUCCUGUUCUGAGCCCAGCACCCCUUCCCUCCCCUCUGCCUGAUCCCCUUGAAACCCCUGUACCUGCCUUUCUGAAGAGCCAGGAAUUUCUUCAGCCCAGAGCACCCACCUUGGCUAGCACUCCCAUCCCACCUGUUCCGCAGCCCCCUUGUGCUGCAUCCAAGACAGAGCUUAGAGCCCCAGAUGACCCUGUCUCUACGCUCCCACCACAGGAUGGGAGGCAACAGGCUGCCCAGCCCCUGUGGGCUGAAGCCAAGACGUCCACCCCUGCAAACAUCCUGCCAGGGCCAGAGGAGCCUGGGGGUGAACAGCCAGAACCCAGUUCCAGCCAGGUUCCUGAGAAUCAAGCCCUACCACUCAGCCCUGAGCAGCCAAGUUCAGAUGCUAAAGACAGAGAGCCCAGUGGGUCUAGGGUGGACAGCAUAUUCCAGGAGGAAGAAGAAGGGCACCUUGCUGAACUGGUUGAGGAGGAAACUGCCAUGGAGGUCAAGGUGGCAAGCAAAUUACAGCAGGAAACAGAGCAAGAUGGUGCCCUGGCCAUGGAGGAAACUGAGGACUCUCAGAGUCCUCUGGAUAAAGCCAGCCCAAAAGCUCUGGGAGAGGAGAUUAUGAAGCCAUGGGUACCUCUAACAAACCAGAGCCAGCAGAUACUGGAGCAGGAGAAUCAGGAGCCUCUGAGAUCUCUGAAAGAAGGCAGCUUAGACACAUUAGACAGUCCCAAAGCAGAGAGCUCAGAGCCCCUGGAACACAGAGCAGAAAAGGACCCAGAGGCAGAGGGGCUGAUGGGAGAGGAGUGUCCUGCACUGCUUCAGGCUGCACGGAAGGAGGAUCCACAGACCCUGCCGUCCCCGGCAAGGGAGGACCAAGGAUUGACAGUGUCUCUGGACACUAACCUAGAGACCCUUAUAUUUCCAGGAAAGGAAAAUGGGGAGUUGGUGCUGUCUCCCAAAGGGGAGGAAGUGGAGGUGCCGAGAACCACAGAAGAUGGGACUUGGGAGCCACUGAGACCUGAAGAAGCACAAGACCAGCAGGUGCUUAGACCCCUGGGAAGAGAACCCCAUGAACCCCUGAGGUUAGGGGAGGAAGAGGAGCAGGAGGCUCUGGGAGCUCUAGAGAAACAGAACCCAGAUGCAAAAGAAGAGGGCCAGAAGAUUGUGACAGCACUAGAAAGAGAGCUCCAGGAGCCCCUGAGGCUGGGGGAGGAAGAGGACCAGGCAGUCCUGGAAGCUCCAGGAGAGGAGAAUCAAGAGGUACUGAGGUUGGGAGAGGAAGAGAAGCAGGUGGCCCUGGGAGGUCUAGAAAACGAAACUUUGCAGUCAUGGAGGGCUCUAGAGGAGACCCUGACGCCUGUGGAAAAGGUGGGUCCAGAACCUCUGCCGUGUCUUGGUGCAGAUCAGGAGGAGGUUAGACCUGAAGAAGAGAUUACAGAGUUCUCAGAGUCACAGGAAGAUGAGCCUGCCAAAGCUGGGGAGUCUUCAGAACCAGAGGACCUGGAGCCACCGAAGUUGGCCGAAGAGGGCCUGCAAGUACUGAAGUCUCCAGAGGUGCCACUGUGGUCCCUGGAAGCAACACCGCUUGCACUAGAACCCUUGGGGCCGGUGGAAGGGCACCCAGAGGCGCUGCAAACCCUGAAAGACAGGGACCAAGAAACACUGAGAUCUCCGGGGGAGGGUUGCCCGGAGAAGGAAGAGGAGGAUGAGGAAAGUCAGAGAGAUGUGGCAGGGAUGGAAGAAGAGGAGAAAGCUGAGGAGCAGGUGGAGACUCCACUGUGGCAGCUGGCAGAGGAAUGGCAAAAGCCACCACCAUUGGCAGAUGAGCAGAACUGGGGUAAUGUCUUGGAGGCGAUAAUUGGGGAGGAGGAGGCUGAGCUGGAUCCCAGGCAGCUCGAGGGCUCUGAUGGGCAGGAGGAGGCUGUGAUGUCAACAGAGCUACAGCUACAUGCUGAGGAGCUCGUUGCAGAGCAGCCUGGGAGCCCUGAGCCCAGGGAGCAAAGCAUCCUAGCUAGCAGAGCUUGUGGGAUGGGAGGCCCUGAGGGUCUGCAGGACCCUGAGGGGCAAGUAGAGCAUCUGGGAGCCCAAGGCCUUAGUGCACCCCAGGCAAUAGCAGAGGCCACAGAGUCCCUGUGGAAAGAUGACCAGCUCUCCCCAGAGGUCACCUUGGAGUCAGAGACAGCCACUGGGGAAUCUGCUGAGGGGACUGAGCAGGAGGACAUGGGCCUGGAUAGCCUGGACCAUCUGGCCAGAGAGGAGGUAAUGCAGCCAUCCUUGGGGGAGGAAAGUUUGGAGGCCAAGAGGGUUCCAGGGUUGGAAGCCCCAGCUCAGCACCUGCAGGAGGCUGAUGCUCUGCAAGCCAAGCCCUCCCCACUGGGGGCCAGCAGAGAACCUCAGAAGUCCCCUGAGGAGGGCCAGGAGGCCUCAGAGUCCCCAAUACUCUGGACAGCAGAGGAAGAGGCCCCUGCUAAUACCUUGGACCGCAAUGCACCUGAAUCCAGGCCCCUGGAGUUGGAGGCAGCUGAGGAGGACACCCCUAUCCCUGGGCCCAUAGAGUCUUGUGUGCCCUCCUCCAUCCCUGAAGGUGCCCAUGAGACCCAGCCCCAGGCUGAGGGGGACCAGCUGGUCAGCUGGGGACUGGAGCACAAGGAGCAGGGCGAGCAGGAGGAUCUAGAUUCCGGGGAGAGUUCUGAGAGCCUGCAGGAGGAAGGUGAAGAGAGUAGAGAAGGAAGUGAGGCUGAUGAGCUUGGAGAAACCCUACCUGACUCCACCCCACUAGGCCUCUACCUGGGGUCCCCUAGCUCCCCCAGGUGGGGCCUAGCUGGAGAGCAGAGGCCUUCCCCUCAAGGUGAGGCCCAGGAGGAAGGCUGGGAUACUGCUGCUCCAGCUUCGGAGGGCCUUGAGGCCCAGCCCUCUGGGGAGGAGGAGCAUGACCGAGGCUCUGACCUGUCUGAGGAAUUCGAAGAUCUGGGGACCCAGGUGUCUCUUCCUGGGCUUCCCAGGGAGGCAGCAGCACCUCCUGGCCAGGUGCCCCAGCUACUGGAGGCUGCCAUCUGGAAUCCUGACGGGGAGUCUGAUGGGUUUGCAGAUGAGGAAGAGAGUGGGGAGGAGGGAGAGGAAGAAGAGGAGAAGGAGAGGAAGAAGCCAGGGGCUGGGCAGUGGGGGCCAGGGUCCCCUCCAGGCAGCCUUCAGGCCCUGCAUAGCCCUCCGAGAGGGGACUUCCUGGAGUCUGAGUCUGAGACGGUGGGUGUGGGCAUCCCCCAAGAUGAUGAUGGCUUGAGGAGUGCCAAGGCCCCCAAGUCUCAGGACAGCGCUGAGCCUUCUGGCUCUGAGGAGGAGUCUGACUCUGCUCCGUGGGCUGGGGAGGACCAAGUUCCCACGGAGACAUCCCAGAGGGAUGGCGACACAAGUCCAGGCACUGGAGACACCCUUGCCAUCAACGGCCAGGGUUCCAACAUGGACAUGUCAGAGCAGGUGAAUGGAGGCGUGGUGAAUGGGUUGCAGCGGCCUGCAGGAGUGGGUCAGGCCCCUGCCGAAGACCGAGACAGCCCUAUAGCAGAGGAGGAGGAAGAGGGGGCCACCCUGAAGACACCAUGGGCGGGGGUCCCUUUCCAGGUGGGCCCACGCCCUUUCCUGAAGUUCACACAGAAGGAAGGGGAGGAAGACUCCUGGUCCUCAGGGGAGGACUAGGGAAGGUGCUCUAGUUCUAGCCCUAAGAUGUCUUGCAGUCCCCUCCCAUUCCCUCUCAGGGGCAACCCCCUUAACUUAUGAUCUCCUGACCCAUGGUUCUUAUCUCCAAGGCCUGGCUGGUGAAAGUGAUGGGCUUGGCAAAGGAGCCUGUUAUGAGAAUGGAGGUUCCAGGACCCUGCCUGGGGCCAUACUGCCCACUCUGCCCCUUAGGCUUGCAGAAUCCCCCGUAGCACCAGAACCCCCUCUCUGUGCACACCAUCCUCCAGGCUGGAAAAGGCCUGGGCUCCUCUGGCAGUUCCGUUCUCACCCCAAGCUGCAGCACCAACACCACCCUCCCUGGUUGUGUGGUUUGCGCCCAAUGAAGAGGAAGAAAGGUCUCUCUUCUGUCCUUGGCCCCAUCCCACCCUGCAGCUUAUCCCAGCUUGAAUAAAGGAUGUGUCUCCCC